UUCGAUCGCUUCCGGUUUCCUCCUGUGUCUCCUCAACGUUGGAGAUGAAUCGAUGAUAACUUAAUUCCCCCCCUCACACUUGCGUCCCGACUAAAAGAAUAAAUCUUAUGCGUGCAACUCCACAGCGAAGAAUUGUUAACCUUCGCUCCAGUGACGCUGCUUUAAAGGUUUGCAAACAUGUCUGCCGGCGACGAAGCGGACAAAACGGCCACCACGGAUGCUAGCGCUGGAGACGAGGAGGAGGAAUGGCUGUAUGGAGAUGAAACAGAGAGCAAAGAAGAGGAGGAAGAAGCCAAACCGGCUGCUGCUGACAGUACUCCUGUUGAGGCCUCUACUGAGGAAGCUGCUGAACAUGCCACAGGAAACGGCGUGGCGUCCGAGUCACAGGCCACAGAGGACGCUGCAGGCGAUGAUGCAGAGAGUGACAGCGACAGCGAUGACGACGACGACGACGUCCGUGUCACCAUUGGAGACAUUAAAACCGGCGCUCCACAAUACACACCAUAUGGUGCGCCACCCGUCAAUCUCAACAUUAAAACACCUGGCUCCAGACCUUAUGGACAAGUUACGACAAAACUGAAAGGAGUUGAUCUCGAUGCUCCUGGUAACAUAAAUGGCGGCCCCGUGCUGGAAGUGGACAUGGAGUCGUUUGAGGAGAAGCCCUGGAGGAAACCGGGGGCGGAUUUGUCCGACUACUUCAACUAUGGCUUUAACGAAGACACGUGGAAGGCUUACUGUGAGAAACAGAAGCGAUUGCGCAUGGGCCUGGAGGUUUCCGCCGUAGGCUCGGUGACAAGUAAAAUCACAGUCCAACAAGGCCGGACAGGCAACGACAAGGAGAUACCCAGUCUUGCAGUUCACACUUCCAAAUCUGAUUUCCCCUCUCCGGUCAGCCUGUACAAGUCUUCCACCAGUCAGGUCACCAGGAUCUCCCCCCCUCAGUGGACUGGCCCGCCGAUCCCGGAUAUGUCUUAUUAUACGAAGACGAGCGGUACCAUCGAUGUGAUUGGCGGAGGGACCGCCACCAUCAGCAGGGUCGAAGGGAGACGCAGGCACAACCUUGAGGGCAAUAACAUCCAGGUAAUCUCUGAACGCUCCACAUCAGACGGCGAUUCCGCCCCCGCGAAGAUGCCCGCCUUCUUUCCCCCCGGACCGCUGCCUCCAAACAUCCCCCCGCCUCCUUUCCUCCCGCCUCCACCCAACGUCAGCUCGGCACCCCCGCUCAUCCCGCCGCCCCGGUUGCCCAUCACCGUUCCCCCGCCUGGGUUUCCUCCUCCGCCGAGUGGACCGCCGCCUUCAAUCAUUCCCACUAUGGACAGCCAUGGUGGCGGUUACGACGGGCGCUCUAUUCCCCCGUAUCCCUUCCCUCAAGGGGCCUACCCUCCCCCCAUGUCUGGAGGCGUGCCUACUUCCUGGCCCCCGUUGAUGGAUAACGCCAAACCGUGGGAUUACUAUUCCCGUCGGGACGACAAGCGAGACAAGGACAGAGAGCGGCCCCGAGAGAGGACGCAUGAGCGUGAGCGUGAGAGAGAACGAGAUCGGGAGCGGGAGCGAGAUCACAGCCCCUCAGUCAUCGGAUACACCAGCGAGGAGGAGCGGUAUCGUUACCGCGAGUACCAGGAGCGCGGUUACGCGGACCGUCAUCGCGAGCGGGCGAGCCGCGAAAAGGAGGACCGACACCGGGAGAGGCGGCAUCGGGAGAAAGACGAGGGACGCCACAAGUCGUCUCGCAGCAGCAGCAGCAGGAGGCGGCACGACAGCGAGGAGACCGACAGCCACCGGAGGCACAAGCACAAGAAGAGCAAGAGGAGCAAAGAGGGCAAAGAGGCCAGUGAGGACAUGGGUGCAGACCAAGAGAACCAGGAGGCCAUGGAGUGAGCGCCACCUCCUGUUUUUCUUUUUCCCUCUUUCUCUCUCUCCCUCUCCCUCUCCUGCCAUCUGUCCGUCCUUCUGUUUGUCUAACCCACAAAAGAUGAGAGAGAAAAAUGGAAGCCCCCAUGAUGGAUGCGUCCUGUCACUUUUCUCGACAUCAAUCUCCAUUCGCCGCUCAAUGCUGUUUUCCUUCCUUGCCGUCGCUUGCUUGGUUGCAGCAGAGGAGGUGGUGAAGGAGCAGCCAUUUUGUAUCUCUCCACCACUGGAUGACCUCAUUGCCUCGGCCUCCUCCCGACACGGUCCUUGUUUCCUUUGUUUUGUUUGUUAUGAUGAUUCAUGUUGUGUAUGAAGACAGCCAUUAGUUGCAGAGUUUGUCAACUUCGAUUAAAA